AUGGAAAUGGUCCCUCCUCCAACAAAUGUUCCUGCCCCCCCGGUUAUUGAGGCCUCGGAAGAUAGUAACGACAAAAAAUCGGAAAAUGAGAAGAAAUCAAAAAAGGAUCGCAAGAAGGAUGAUAGUGAGAAGAAGCCAAAGAAGGAACGCAAGUGGGGAUGGAAUAAGAAAUCGAAAAAGGAUGCCAAGGAAGAAGCAGACAGUGACCUGAAAGAGGAUCCCAAUGAAUCCCCU